GAAAAUAUUAUUAUCAUUUGAGAGACGCAAAUGGUUAAAGGGAAUAUAUUCUAUGUUCGAUUUCUUCCUUAGUUGUUCUUCCUUCCUUCUUCUUUAGUACAUCAAUUAACAACCAACCAUGGCUUCCUUAUUAUAUAGAACUUUUGGCUAUCAAAUCUCUUCAUUUGUAAACCGUUGGUUUAUACAACCAUCUCAUCAUCAUAAUCAUAGUCAUAAUAAUAAUCACAAAACCAAUAAGAGGUUCAACAUGCCGAAGGGUCGACCGAUUUCCUUACAGACUGUUGAGCUGAAAGUAAGGAUGUGUUGUACAGGUUGUGAAAGAGUUGUUAAAAACGCUAUCUACAAGCUUAAAGGCAUAGAUUCGGUGAAAGUGGACUUAGAGAUGGAAAGGGUAACAGUUACAGGAUAUGUUGAGAGGAACAAAGUGCUUAAAGCAGUUAGGAGAUCAGGAAAAAGAGCUGAAUUUUGGCCAUACCCAAAUCCACCACUUUACUUCACAUCAGCUAGUCAUUACUACAAAGAUACAACCAAUGAGUUCAAAGAAAGUUACAAUUACUAUAGACAUGGUUACAAUCUCCCUGAUAGGCAUGGAACCAUUCAUGUUACUCAACGUGGAGAUGACCAAUGUGUAUUAUAUGCUCAUUACAGAUGACAGUCACACUGUGGAUGCAAUUUCGGAUUUGAUUUGGCACAAACAUGUCCCGUUCAAGGUGUCUAUUCUUGUUUGACAACUUCUCUGUAACAGAUUACCAACAAAAGCGAAUCUUGUAGCUCAUGGGAUUAUUUCUCAGGAGAAUCAGAUGUGCGUGACCGGGUGUUGAGAAGUGGAAACAACUCAACAUUUAUUCAUUUCUUGCACCAUCUUCAGAGAGUUAUGACAUCUUGUUCGUGAUUGAAUUGGGGUCUCUGGGGCUGAUCCGUAUGACAUUGCUGACCAUUUUCACCAGUUUGCUUAUCUAUUAGGUGGGUCGGUAACAAGCCGUUCAUUUAUGUAACUUUUGUGGCUAUUGUGCAUUUGGGUUUCGUGGUCUGAACGUAAUAUUAAAUUGUUUAAAAAUACGACAAAUACUAUUCAUCAGUUGAUCGAUAAAGUUAAAAUUCACUCGUAUUAGUGGAUGAAGGCGGCUAAUGUUGUUUAUGUUUUAGGGGUUCAUAGUUGGCUAGUUUUUUU